AUGGGUUUAGAAAAGGAAAAAUCAUGCAUAGCACAAAGUUUCUUACUGAAAAAUACCUUAGAAUAUCGAAAAUAUUAUAAUAAAGGGAAAAAGAGUGAUUCAUAUAUACUUUUUAUAGAUUUUUCGAAAGCAUAUGAUUCUGUGGAUAGAACUAAACUCAUGGAAAAGAUAAAAAGUAAGAGAGUCACAGAUGAUAGUUGAAAAUCAAUCUCUCCCAGAUGAUUAAAGGAGAAAAGACUACCUUAA